CCCUGCCGGGCGCACUUGGCUUGGGUUCCCCUUGAGCUGCCCCAGCGCCCGUGGGGCUGGCCAGGGUCCCGGACAGGCUGGGCCCUGUCCCAGGGCAGAGUGGAGAAGACUGCUUGGGAGGAUGAGGGUCCGGUCCUGAGAGCCGAAACUCCCCUGCCCCUGGUGACGGCCGGAGCAGAAUGCCAGGGCCAGGGACGGGAGUACAGACGCCGGCUCGGGCUCUGUUGCUGACAUGGACCCAAACCCGCGGGCCGCCCUGGAGCGCCAGCAGCUCCGCCUGCGAGAGCGGCAGAAAUUCUUCGAGGACAUCUUACAGCCAGAGACAGAGUUUGUCUUCCCUCUGUCCCACCUGCAUCUCGAGUCCCAUAGACCCCCCAUAGGCAGUAUCUCAUCCAUGGAAGUGAAUGUGGACACGCUGGAGCAAGUGGAACUCAUCGACCUUGGCGAUCAGGACGGAGCAGACGUGUUCUUGCCUUGUGAAGACCCUCCGCCGACCCCCCAGACGGCAGGGGUGGACGACCAUCCAGUGGAGCUGAGCCUGCCAGUGCCCGCGGCAGACAGGCCCACAUCCCGGACCUCCUCCACGUCUUCCGACGCCUCCACCAACCCGCGCAGCCCAAAUCCAAGUGACGGCGGGGCAGACACGCCCUUGGCACAGUCCGAUGAGGAAGAGGAUGGAGGCGAUGGAGGGGCAGAGCCUGGAACCUGCAGCUAGCGCUGGGCCCGUCCGACAGACUGACUGAGCUGGCUCUUCUUCAUCGGAGGUCCUGGGCCCAGCCGGAGCUCCCUAGGGGAAGAACAGACUCUACUUACAGUAGGCACGAGAAGGAGGGCAGGAUGGUGGGAUGGCAUAGUCCUCUGAGAAUUAACCCGCUCCUGCUUUCGCUAAUCAGUUCCCGCUGCAGCCCUCCCGCCGGUUUUUGGGUUACUCUGAGGUAGGCCUUGCGAGUGAGGAGACACAAGAUGACAUAGGACAGGAUGCCACUGCCUUUCUCAGCACUGCUCCCUCCCCAGACUUUCCCAUAGUUUUCUCCUAGAGUCUUCUAAACCAGUGUCUAAUGGACGUGAACUCCUUAGUACUGUAAGUGAGGUGGUGCUCCAGCCCUCUGCCUCCUUACGUCCUUUUUGGAACAGGGCACGGUAUAAAUAAUAAAACAAAUAACAACCUA